ACGCUGUGCAACAACCGGAAGUUGUAUCCAAAUGGAAUCGAAGUCGGUUCCACCCAAAGCUUUCCUGUGUCCUUGUUGUUAGCAUAAACGCCGGCAGUGGGUCUCCGGCUGUCGAGGACGCCAUGAAGUGGCCGUGUAUGAACACUCUUCUCGUCACUUUCAUCCUCUUGAGAAUCGGAUCGGCCCACGUGGCGCCCCCAAGUGAUGUGAUUUUGCACUGCCGCAACCUGGACAACAAGGUGGCAUGGAGCUAUGACAACCCACCUACGGGACUCCGAUUCCGGGUGGACAUCGGCAAGAUCUUCAAGUCGCAGGGUGACAUGGGUCCACUGUGGGUGGACCCGCCUGACCUGCAGGCGGACGUGUCCUUCCUGUCAGACCAGAGGGAGGACUACUUCCUGACGGUGACCGCCGUCCUCGGGAAGGAGGAAUCGGAGGCGGCUCCCGCCGAUGGCAUUUCCUUCAGCUACUAUUUGGACUCUCCUACUGAUCAAAAAUGUUCCUUGGACCUCCCUCCUGUGACCGUGCUGGACCAGCAUGAUAACACGGUGCUGAUCAGCUUCCAACAUCCGUGGCUCACGUACGAGCAUGCGCUUGUUACCAGUCUGCAGGCCGGAGAUAAGCGGAAGAGGAGACACGUGCAGCCGGACAACCCUCUGCCCGUCUUCAAAUACGAUGUCUCCAUCAACAAGAAGUCAUUUGCCGACCUGCGCUGCACGGAGGACGUGUGCGAGCGCAACCUGCCCGUGGACGCCAGCCAGCAGAAGCACUGCGCCACUAUUAAGGGGGAGCUGGAGAGGAUUGGCGUUCUCGGCACACAGGACUACUGCGCUCAGCCCAUGCAGGAAAACAAGCACAUCAUCACCGCUGUGGUGGUGUCUCUGUUGGUCCUGGCUGCCGUCCUUACCGUCCUCCUCAUGAUUUGCUGGAAAAAGGCCAAAGCUUCAUCCGAUCUACCAUCCUCGCUGCGCUUCAACGGAUUUGUUGAUGAGACCCCCGUAGCAUCCCUGUCGGUUUCCAACUCAUCCGCGCCGCUGAUUGUGGAGGAGAAGCCCGUGUCGCCUGGCGAGUCAGAGCAGUCCGGCGAGCCGCAAGUGCACGAAGAGUCGGAGCAGUCCGACGAGCCGCAACCGCACGAAGAGCCGGAACUGUUCAGAGAGGAUGCCGCUGGUGACAUGGAGGAUGAAGAUCAUCAGGCGUACAUGGGGGGCGAGCGAAUAGACGAAGAUGAGGACAUGGAGACUUCGAACGAUAAUGCUUACGAGAAACGCCAAGUUAUCGUCAGACUGUCAUCUGACGAGGACAUUGAGGGCUAUCGUAGCUGAAUCGUAGUUGAAGGUUUGAGUUAAAAACAUUUUCGUUCAUCUAAGUCAGCACUGCUAGAAUCCCCCCCGCCCAAGAAAAAAAAGCUCAUGCUCUCUUCAUGAGGUCUUAAGUUGUGAUGCUAAUGCAAUUGUUUGCAAACCUUUUGGCCUUUCGAGUCUCGGGCGCUCCAAUUGAUCCCGCGCAA